CCCCGGGGCUGCGGCGGCGUCCGGAGCAUGUCGUGAUGGCUGCGGAGAAGACCUUGCAAGAAUACGGGGUGCUCUGCCUUCAGGAAUUCAGAAACAACAGCAAAGUCGAGUCGAGUCCAUGUAACAGCUUCAUGGGUCUGAAAGAUCUCCUGGGGCAUGACCUUGGCCAUCUCUAUGUGGAAAGCACCGACCCAAGUUCAAGUGCAGCUGCCCCUUGGCCAAUGGUAGAAAAGGCGGCGAUGGAUGGCAUCCAUGCUGGGGAGGAGGAGAGGGGGCGAUCCGAAGAGCACGUGAGCUCUGGGGACUCUGAGGAAAGCACGCAUUCUGAUCAUGAGCCCGAGCAGCAGAAGACCAUUUCCGUAGAGCCGUGUGUACUCACCAAGGCUCACAGGCAGUUGUGCCGGUCCCCGUGCUUAGAGCCACACCUCCUCAAGCGCAAUGAGAUUUUGCAAGACUUCAAACCCGAGGAUGCCCAGACUCCAGCCAAGGAAGUGAAGAAACCCCCAGAUGUCGUUCGAGAAUACCAAACGAAACUGGAGUUUGCACUGAAGUUAGGUUAUUCCGAAGAACAGGUUCAACUUGUGCUCAACAAACUUGGUACCGAUGCUUUAAUCAAUGAUAUUUUGGGAGAACUCGUCAAGCUUGGAAAUAAAAGCGAGACAGAUCAGACCGUGAGUCCAAUGAAUAGUGUCAUGCGGGAAGUGUCAUCUCUAGAGUCCCAGAGGUCCGAGUCACCCAUGCAGGAGAUUGUGGCGGAUGAUGGUGAAAAUCUGAGGCCCGUCGUUAUUGACGGCAGCAAUGUAGCAAUGAGCCAUGGAAACAAAGAAGUCUUUUCCUGCCGAGGAAUAAAACUGGCAGUGGAUUGGUUUUUGGACAGAGGCCACAAAGAUAUCACUGUUUUUGUUCCUGCCUGGAGGAAAGAGCAGUCGCGCCCUGAUGCUGUCAUCACAGAUCAGGAAAUCUUGCGCAAAUUAGAGAAGGAGAAGAUCCUGGUGUUCACGCCAUCACGGCGCGUCCAAGGGAGGCGCGUGGUUUGCUAUGAUGACAGGUUCAUCGUGAAGCUGGCGUUUGAGUCCGACGGCAUCAUUGUAUCCAAUGACAACUACAGGGAUUUGGCCAAUGAGAAACCAGAAUGGAAGAAGUUCAUAGAUGAGCGGUUAUUGAUGUAUUCCUUCGUCAAUGACAAGUUCAUGCCUCCUGAUGAUCCUCUGGGCAGACAUGGCCCAAGCCUGGACAACUUCCUGAGAAAGAAACCCAUUGCUCCUGAACACAAAAAGCAGCCUUGUCCUUAUGGAAAGAAGUGUACCUAUGGGCACAAGUGCAAAUAUUACCAUCCGGAAAGGGGCAGUCAGCCUCAGCGGUCAGUAGCUGAUGAACUUCGUGCCAUGUCUAGAAACACAGCAGCCAAAACUGCCACCGAAGGAGGGCUGGUGAAAAGCAACAGCGUCCCUUGUAGCACGAAGACGGACAGCACUUCCGACGUGAAGCGAGGGGCUCCAAAGAGGCAAUCCGAUCCAAGCAUCAGGACUCAAGUCUACCAAGACCUAGAAGAAAAGCUUCCCACCAAAAACAAGUUGGAAACCAGGUCCGUACCUUCCUUAGUUAGCAUUCCGGCUCCUUCUACUACAAAACCCCAAAGCACUACAUCUUUAAGCAAUGGCCUUCCAUCUGGAGUGCAUUUCCCACCUCAGGAUCAAAGACCACAGGGACAAUAUCCUCCAAUGAUGAUGGCAACCAAAAAUCAUGGAACGCCAAUGCCUUAUGAACAGUACCCCAAAUGUGACUCGCCCGUUGACAUUGGGUAUUAUUCCAUGUUGAAUGCGUAUUCAAAUCUGAGUAUCUCAGGCCCACGAAGUCCUGAAAGGCGUUUCUCGUUAGACACAGAUUACCGCGUAAGUUCUGUGGCUUCUGACUGCAGCAGUGAAGGGAGCAUGAGCUGUGGGAGCAGUGACUCCUAUGCAGGGUACAAUGACCGCUCCUACGUCAGCUCUCCCGACCCACAGCUGGAAGAGAGUUUGAAGUGUCAACACAUGCACCCUCACAGCCGCCUUAAUUCCCAGCCCUUCUUGCAGAAUUUCCACGACCCCUUAACCAGAGUGCAGAGUUACAGUCAUGAAGAACCAAAGUUCCAUCACAAGCCUCCUCUUCCACAUCUGGCAAUGCAUCUGCAGCACCCAGCUGUGGGCGCCCGGUCCAGCUGUCCCGGGGAUUACCCCUCGCCACCAAGUUCCACCCACUCCAAGGCACCGCACCUAGGGAGGUCUUUGGUGGCCACAAGAAUAGACAGCAUUUCUGAUUCUCGACUCUAUGACAGCUCUCCUUCCAGACAAAGAAAGCCUUACUCCCGCCAGGAGGGGCUGGGAGGCUGGGAUAGGCCGAGUUAUGGGAUGGAUGCCUAUGGGUAUCGGCAGACUUACUCCUUACCUGAUAACUCCACGCCACCCUGCUAUGAGCAGUUCACCUUCCAGAGCCUACCUGAGCAGCCAGAGCCCACCUGGCGAGUCCCAUACUGUGGAAUGCCACCAGACGCUCCCAGGUACCAGGACAACCGAGAGAAGAUUUAUAUCAACUUGUGCAACAUCUUCCCACCCGACCUUGUGAGACUUGUCAUGAAAAGAAAUCCUCACAUGACAGAUGCCCAGCAGCUGGCUGCAGCUAUUUUAGUGGAGAAAUCCCAGCUGGGUUAUUGAAAGAUGAUGCAUCUUUGUGGUGUUGAGUGGGUGGCUUUUUCUUUUUGUUUUUUUGUUUUGGGGUUUGUGUGUGUGUGUACGCGUGCGCAUGUGUGUGUGU